UUUUUUACUGCUACUUUUCUUUGCUGGAAAAAUAGCAAAUCACUUCACUGAAAAUUUUGUUUUCCUCAAAUAUUAACCCAACCAUGGCGAAUCAGAAACACUAGCUCCAGCUUCAAAUUCUAGGGUUUUCCCUUUUCGCAUUUUGAAAUCCAAUCUAAUGAGGAGGGCAGGAGAUGUGUUUGGAAGGAGAGGAAAUCGACAGCUUAAACAACUCUGGGGACUUCGUGGAUUAUUAGAACGAUUAUCUGUUGCACUCAUUGUUCUUUUGAUCUGUUGUAUCUCUCUUUUCACUACUUUCAAGAGUACUACCAAUCGCCCUGGGAUUCACUCCGGUAAACCGAUUAGCGUGGAUGAACUAUGGGAAACUGCUGCAUCUGGUGGUUGGAGACCGUCGUCUGCUCCGCGAUCUGACUGGCCUCCCCCUCCAGUUGAGACUAAUGGCUAUUUGCGCGUCCGUUGCAAUGGUGGUUUGAAUCAACAAAGAACUGCGAUAUGCAAUGCAGUUCUUGCUGCGCGGAUCAUGAAUGCAACACUAGUAUUGCCAGAGUUGGAUGCAAAUGCUUACUGGAAUGAUAAUAGUGGUUUCCAAGGAAUCUACGAUGUUGAGCAUUUCAUUAAAUCACUAAGAUAUGACGUGCGUAUUGUGGAAACCCUUCCUGAAAUUAGCAAGCAUGGAAAAUCCAAGAAGUUGAAAGCACAUCAGAUUCGCCCCCCUAGAGAUGCUCCUGUUAAUUGGUAUAAAACAGUUGCUUUAAAAGCCAUGAAGGAACACGGUGCCAUUUACCUCACCCCCUUUUCACAUCGUUUGGAAGAAGAGAUUGACAAUGCUGAGUAUCAGAGGCUGAGGUGCAGAGUUAAUUAUCACGCCCUUCGGUUUAAGCCUCAAAUUAUGAAGCUCAGUCAGGCGAUAGUCAGCAAACUCCGCUCACAGGGCCACUUCAUGUCAAUACAUCUUCGGUUUGAGAUGGAUAUGCUUUCAUUUGCUGGGUGCUUUGAUAUCUUUACACCUGCAGAACAGAAAAUAUUAAAGAAAUACAGAGAAGAAAAUUUUGCACCGAAAGAACUCGUUUACGAUGAAAGAAGGGCUAUCGGGAAAUGUCCAUUAACUCCAGAAGAGGUAGGUCUGAUCUUACGUGCAAUGGGAUUUGAAAACUCUACCCGCAUUUACCUUGCUGCUGGUGAGCUUUUUGGUGGGGAUAGAUUCAUGAAGCCAUUUAGAGCGCUAUUUCCUCACCUUGCAAACCACAAUACCAUGGGACUCUCAGCAGAUGAACUAGCAGAGGGUACUCGUGGGAUGUUAGGCUCUGCAGUGGAUUACAUGGUUUGUCUUCUAUCAGACAUUUUCUUGCCAACUUAUGACGGUCCAAGCAACUUCGCCAACAAUGUCAUGGGGCAUCGAUUAUACUACGGAUUUCGGACUAUCAUCCAGCCUGACAGAAAGGCUCUUGCCCCUAUUUUUAUCAAGAGGGAAAAAGGUCAGACAGCUGAUUUUGAAGAAUCGGUUAGACGUGUGAUGUACAACAGAGAAUUUGGAGGACCCCACAAAAGGAUCCCUCCAGAAUCAUUCUAUGUAAACUCGUGGCCUGAGUGUUUCUGCCAAAUGAACCCGAAAAAUACAGCCGAUAAAUGCCCACCGGAAAAUGUAGUUGAGAAUCUAAACAGCCGGCUUCAGAGUGAAGAAGGUAUGAGGUCAUCAAAUAUGACAGAUGGUUGAGGAUGCAGAUUAUGAUGUGAAAUAGUUGUGUCUGGUAUGGUAAAAUUGAUUGGUGGUUGAUUUUGGGGGGAAGGACAAGGCUUCUGCAUCGACCACUUUCUGCAGCCCUUUGUACUUUUUUAAGUUUAACACAAUGGUUAGAGUAGGGCUUUGGAAUAUAAUGAGCAACCAAGUUCUGCUGUAGUGUAAAAAAAAUUGUGGAUCUGUAACCUUCAUUCUUUCUAUUAAUCAAGCAGGAAAGUUAGAAAAAAAAUAAAAUGAAAGAACUAUACCAUA